GAGGGAGCCUGCCGAUCUAACUCUUCUGACUGGCUCCUUGACCGCACUUUAUUGGCCCCCAAGCUUGUCCAACCCUCUUGUAAUCCCCCCGUGAGCUCGGCAACCCCGGGCCUCGUACACUAAGAGUUCGCCUCAUGGUCUUGCGAAAACGAGCUCCGCCACGCCUCCACAGCCUUCCUCAAGGGAAUGACCGUACUGGAUCCCGCUUCACCAACUCCAAACUCUCCCCGACUUCCAAAUCCCUCUCAUCCUCGUCGCCAAAACGCCUGACUCGCCCGCGACGGGCUCAAAGCUCUCCUCAACCUCAUCGGGUUGUUUCUCAGGAAUCGGUCUUUUCUCCCGAUCUCAAUACCUCACCAGCCUUUGACCUCAUGCCGUUGGAACAGGCGCAGAGGUCGCCAAUCCGGAAUUCGGCCGGGGACGGGUCGAAUCCGUGGGCGGACGAGCUCACAGCGCGGUUCGGUUUGGAUCACCAGGAUUCGGUGGCAUCUCCUCGGCAAACAGCUAGUAGUCCUUCACAGGGUAUGGGGAUGGUGAACGGAAACGUAUCAGACCAAGUUCCAUCUACCUCUUUUCCUGGUGUUCAAGAGAGAGGUGCUGCGGAAUGGCGACCCGACAGGGAGUACACGGGUCAAUCACCGGUGCAGCUACAGUCGAACAACCCUUUUCUGAAACCGAGGUCGCCGGAACCAAAUCCAUGGCAAGAUCGCAAUUCUCACACCUCAUAUGGGGAGUCGUCCCAAUUUCACGACGGUGCUAGUGGACAUCUCGGACAAGACGAGGGAUAUAUCCCGAUGACAGCGCGCUUAUCGCUCUUUGAUCAGCCCGAGGAAGAGACUCCCUGGGUUGGUGAAGAGUCCACUGCGAUGCAACCCCCCGCGUCUUCGCAAACGUACGGAUACCACGACCAGAGUCAAUUAUAUGCUGGCCAAGAAACUGGCAUACAUUAUGGAACAUCGAAUGUGCCAGGUGCACCGUAUACUAGUCAACAAACGUAUCUCCAGCCAACCCCACAGCUACAUGACGAGGGCAGGGAAUCCCCGGCGAGGAGUAUGAGUACUCCGGCGACUAUAUCCAGCAAUACCACCGGCUCUUCUCACGUCUUGAUUGAACUGGAUGAAGCCCCUAUUCCGCCACCUAAAACAGAUGCCCCAAACAAAGCGCCUCAAAGCUACAACCUUAACUCGCCAGAGGGCCCACAGGAAGAAAUCUUGCGAGAGAAGCCUGGCAACGCUCCCCCCUUACCCGAUCGCUCGAAAGGCCCUGGUGCCGUCUAUACUCAUUCAGCAUUCAGUGGACCAAUGUCAGAAGCGGAAGCGAAGCGACAGCAAGAACAGCGGUCGGAGACCUACUCGAUCAGACACGUCAACUGGGCCGAUAGCACCGGCAAGUUACGCGAGUCGCCUAUCCUGGUACAGAAUAAAAAUGGACCGUGUCCUCUUCUGGCACUGGUCAAUGCUCUUGUGCUACGCUCUACAAUCCACGACUCACAACCGCCGAUUGUGAGAGCUUUGCAGACUCGCGAACAAAUCUCGUUAGGGUUGCUGAUUGAGGCACUCUUUGAUGAAUUGACCACACGGCUGGGGCCCGAUGACGAGUUUCCCGAUAUCGAAGCUCUUAGUCGGUUUCUGACUAUGCUGCAUACCGGCAUGAAUGUCAAUCCGCGACUCACUUUGGAAUCUAAUGAUGCGCUGGGUACUUUCCUUGAAACCGAAGAUAUCCGUCUCUAUGGAACAUUCGGAGUCCCCUUAGUUCACGGAUGGCUUGCAGCCCCGUCUACAGAGGCUGAUGCAGCAUUGGCCCGCGUGGGUCAGUAUCACGAAGAUAUUCAGUUGCUUCCUUUCCGGAAGCAAGAUCUGGAAGACCGCGUUAUGCGAGGCAACGCAUUGACGCCGGAGGAAGAACUCGUCAUGAGUGAUAUCCAGACUAUUCAAAAGUUCACGGAGUUCGAGAACGCGACUCAACUGAGCACUUUCGGCUUGAAGCAUCUAGCAACGACGUUGCAGCCCGGAUCAUUCUCGAUCCUAUUCCGCAACGAUCAUUUCUCGACGCUGUACAAACAUCCCCGACUCGAUCAGCUCUUUACGCUAGUUACCGAUGCUGGUUAUUCCAGCCACGCUGAGGUUGUAUGGGAGAGUCUUGUCGACGUCAAUGGUUCAGAAGCUGGUUUCUUUUCCGGAGACUUUCGCCCUGUCAGCCAUGACGCUCCUCCCCCUUCUGACCCAUCGGGCCCAAGAACAUCGAGCAAUACCGGCCUUCCUCCCGAGCCACAGGAACAGCGUAGCAGCACCAUGACUCCCCAGGAACAGGCCGAUGCAGACUACGCCUACGCGCUCGCUCUCCAGUACCAAGAAGAAGAGCAACGAGCCAAUGCCACGACCAAUAGAGAUUCGACCAACAGAAACCCUUCCCAGCGAGCUUCAGUCUCCCACCCGCCAUCAUCGGGGCUAGCACCCGGGGCAGCAUACACUCGCAACCGUUCAUCAAGUGCUGUAAACCCCAGCAGUGCUUCAUACGCCACAGUUGCGUCUGAAAACCGCUCCUCAAGGCAAAGUCAGCGUCCUGCCCGGUACUCCCAGUCCAACAUACCUACCAUCCGGCCGACGGAUGACGACGAUGUUCCCCCGCCUUCAUAUGAGCAGGCAGCGAGAAGUCCAGUAUACCCGUCGCCCCAGCGGAGCCCCAACUUCACAGACUCCUCUAAUGCGUCUCCGUACCAAAGAACCCAACAGGGGAGACGACCUCCAGGUGUGCCUCUCACCACCGGACCCUCGGAACGCACAAGAGACCGACCCAAAGACUGCAUCGUGAUGUGAGCUUGCAUUGCAAGACUAGACAGUCUGCCCGUACUUUCGGGUCCCCAACGAUGUACAUGACUUUAUGUAUUUUAUGUAACCGCCUUGCAACCAGGCGGGGUUUAAUGUCUAUCAUGCCCUACUACGACCACAAUCAUUAACGAGCGCGAUAUGAGGCCACUAUGGCCAUCGGGAUUUAUCUGGUAUUGGGUGUCUUUCUAUUCCGGUAGAUAUAUAUCUGAGCAAAUGGUAUUCAUUAUUAUGAAUAAUACAUAGCGUUUCCAUACAGGACAUAGGGAAUUCACUCUUUUAUUUUCAGCCUAUGUGGAUAUUCAAUUUCCAUAUCAAAGCCCGUAAAUCCCUCAUAUCCUCGGUUUGUUCCAAGAUUAAAUGUUUAUAAACCUCUAGUACUAGCUCAUUGCAAACGCCUCGUCAAUAGAAAAGCUACUAUCAGAAUGUGAUAUGUAUGGAUCCACACAUGGUUAAAGACUUC